AUGGUCAGAAACUAGAGACAUGCUACAGAAGAUGGUCUGAGACUUCAACAUGCUAAAGAGAUGGUCAAAAACUGCAGACAUGCUACAGGAGAUGGUCAGAGACUGCAGACAUGCUCCAGGCAAUGGUUAGAAACUGCAGUCAUGCUCCAGGAGAUGGUCAGAGACUUGACAGAAACUGCAGACAUGCUACAGGAGAUGGUCAGAGACUGCAGACAUGCUCCAGGAGAUUGUCAGAGACUGCAGACAUGCUCCAGGAGAUUGUCAGAGACUGCAGACAUGCUCCAGGAGAUG